AUGAAAUUCAUGAAACUGGGAUCUCGUCCUGAUACAUUCUACACUGCGGAAGCAGUAAGGUCAGUCUCUUCUGAAGUUUCCAGCGACCUCAUAAUUCAAGUGAAGGGAAGUAGAUAUCUACUUCACAAGUUUCCCUUGCUAUCCAAAUGUUUGAGACUACAAAGGUUAUGUUCAGAAUCUCCUGAUUCUUCUUCUCAGCACCAAAUAGUCCAACUCCCUGAUUUUCCAGGUGGGGUGGAGGCAUUUGAGUUGUGUGCUAAGUUCUGCUAUGGAAUCACCAUCACUCUGAGCCCUUACAACAUUGUGGCUGCUCGAUGUGGUGCUGAGUAUCUUCAGAUGACGGAGGAGGUUGAGAAGGGGAACCUAGUUCAGAAGCUUGAGGUUUUCUUCAACUCAUGCAUUCUACGUGGGUGGAAGGAUACUAUUGUGAGUCUUCAGACCACAAAAGCGUUGCCCAUGUGGUCAGAAGACUUGGGAAUUACCAGCAGGUGUAUUGAAGCUGUUGCAGCAAAAGUAUUGAGCCACCCCUCUAAGGUGAGUUUGUCACAAAGUCAUUCCAGAAGGGUGAAGGAUGAUGUGUCUUGCAAUGGCACAGAAAGUUUGAGGCACAAUAAGUCAGGAAACAAGGGAUGGUGGGCUGAAGAUUUGGCAGAACUGAGCAUAGACCUGUAUUGGAGAACCAUGAUAGCAAUCAAAUCUGGAGGCAAGAUUCCCUCAAAUCUCAUUGGAGAUGCAUUGAAAAUCUAUGCAUCUAGGUGGCUACCAAAUAUUACCAACAAGGGAGGACAUCUCAAGAAGCACGCAGUUUCUGACUCAGAAUUGGAGUCAGUUGGUGAAAUAGCUUCAAAGCAUCGUCUGCUUUUGGAAUCAGUGGUGAGCUUGCUUCCAGCUGGGAAAGGUGCUGUUUCUUGUGGCUUUCUUUUGAAGCUCUUGAAGGCAUCUAACAUUCUUAAUGCUUCUUCAUCUUCAAAGAUGGAAUUAGCAAGAAGGGUUGGGCUUCAAUUGGAAGAAGCCUCAGUGAAUGAUCUUUUGAUACCUUCACUGUCUUACACAAAUGAUACAGUGUAUGAUGUUGAGUUGGUGAUGAGCAUAUUAGAACAGUUUAUGUCACAAGGGCAGAGUCCCCCAACUAGCCCUGCGAGAUCUAGGAUGGCCUUUGAAAGAAGGAGGUCUCGUUCAGCAGAGAAUAUUAACUUGGAAUUUCAAGAGAGUAGGAGGUCCUCUUCAGCAUCUCACAGUUCAAAAUUGAAGGUGGCAAAGCUUGUGGAUAGGUAUCUUCAAGAAGUUGCCAGAGAUGCGAAUUUUCACUUGUCGAAAUUCAUAGCUCUUGCUGAGAUUAUACCAGAUUUUGCAAGACAUGAUCACGAUGAUCUCUACCGAGCUAUUGACAUCUAUCUGAAGGCUCAUCCAGAACUCAACAAGAGUGAAAGGAAAAGAUUGUGUAGAAUUCUUGACUGCAAAAAAUUGUCUAUGGAAGCCUGCAUGCAUGCAGCACAAAAUGAGCUACUUCCCCUACGGGUUGUUGUUCAAGUUCUCUUCUUUGAGCAAGCUCGAGCAGCCCAAGCUGGUGGCAAAGUGACUGAUUUGCCAACCAAUAUCAAGGCAUUACUCACUGCACAUGGUAUUGACCCAUUAAAACCUACAGCACCAUUAAGCACAACUACAAGUAUACAUGCUGAGGACAAUUGGAGUGUUACAAACUUCAAAUCACCAAAGUCAAGGUCCUCAACUCUGAGGAUGAAGCUAGCUGAAGAUGAUGACUUCAAUCAAAAUGGUUUAACCCAUGAUGGAAUUGGAAGGAAUUCUAGAUUUAAGACUAUAUGUGCUAUUCCAACCCAACCAAAAAAAAUGCUUAGUAAGUUCUGGUCAACCAAUAGAGCUGCCAUUGAAAAGAAUUGA